ACACACACACACACACACACACACAUACAAGACCUAAAGGCUAUCCUAUUAAACACUGGUGCUCAAACUGAGACGGACAACGGUGGUCUUUUAACAUUACUCCCUCUGUCAGUCGACCAAACUAUCACACACGAGCGCUAUUGGCUGUUAGCAGCACCAGGGACCAACUCACACCGGACUCAUUCCUAAAGGACUCGUACAGAACCUUGCAGAAGACUUGCAGUAACUCUGCCAUACGCCGCAGACAGAUCCACACACGUUGUUCCAGCAGUGGUGUCAGGUUAGAGGCCAUGGCAGGGGGACCAGAGAAGAGUUUUCCAAUGGAGCCGUCUAGGACUACUGCUGAUGCUGCUGCUGCUGUAGUCGCCUACCCCCGUAGGAUUCUGGACUACAUGGAAGGCUUCCUGGUCUCCAAGACCCUGUUCACGGCGUGUGAGCUGGGUGUGUUUGACCUGUUGGCUUCGUCACAGCGCCCCCUGUCCCUGGAGGAGGUAGCGCAGGGCAUUGGAGCCAGCCGGGACGGCACUGAGAGGCUGCUGGCGGCUUGCACUGGACUGGACCUUCUCAACACACACACACUGGCGGGACAAGUGUUGUACAGUAACACAGAACAGUCCAGUGUAUAUCUGACCCGGUCCAGUCCGGUCUCCCUGACCCAGUCCAUCCACUACAGCUCCAGGACCAUCUACCUCUGCUGGCACUACUUGACUGAUGCUGUAAGGGAGGGCAGGAACCAGUAUGAGAAGGCAUUUGGUGUCAAGUCUCAAGAUCUAUUUGAAGCCCUGUACAGGUCUGAGGAGGAGAUGGUGAAGUUCAUGCAGCUGAUGAACUCCAUCUGGAACAUCUGUGGUCGGGAUGUGGUGACGGCUUUCAACCUCUCCCCGUUCACCACCAUCUACGACCUUGGGGGUUGUAGUGGAGCAUUAGCCAAGCAGUGUGUGUUGGCGUACCCAGAAUGCUCUGUGACAAUCUUUGACCUGCCAAAGGUGGUGAAGACGUCCAGAGAACACUUUGUAUCCAAUGAUAACCAGAGGAUCAACUUCCAUGAAGGGGAUUUUUUCAAAGAUCCACUGCCAGAAGCUGACCUGUACAUUCUGGCUAGAAUACUUCAUGACUGGACAGACGAGCGCAGCGUAGAGCUACUGACCAAAGCCUAUAAGGCCUGCAGACCAGGAGGAGGUGUGUUAGUGAUAGAGGCGUUGCUGUGUGAAGACGGGUCAGGGCCUCUGACAGCCCAGCUGUACUCUCUGAACAUGCUGGUUCAGACGGAGGGGAAGGAGCGGACCGGAGCAGAGUACACCACCCUUCUGACAGCCUCAGGCUUUCAAAACAUACAGGUGCAGAAGACAGGCAAGAUCUAUGAUGCUGUCCUGGGACGCAAGUAGACGGUAUUCUUCAUGUUACAAGGAUGUACAGUAGACUAUUUUCAGCCCUGUGUGUCUUGCAAUAUAGUCUCUGUAUCUUUUCUUGGUUAAUUAAUACAUAUUUAAUACAAAUGAAAUAAAACACAAAUGUUUGUUCA